AGUCGCUCUUUAUACACCAUUCCGUCACAAUGUAUACCUUUAUUUUGAUUUCUUUAUUUUUAGUAAACACUGUAAAAUCAGAGGUGAAUCAAAAAUACUGUGAAGGUUUUAAGACAGACUUCGAUAUAAAAAAAGCGAUUGGACGUUGGCACGUAGUAGCUGUUAUACCAGACACCAACUUUUCCAACAAGUUCGAUAAUGUGACGUGCUAUAGAGUGGACUUCAGCGAAGUUGAUGAGGCAAGCCUCAAAUGGAUGAUAACGCAAAGGCUCGGUCGUCCCACAGAACAGCUCAUAGACAGUGAGCCAGGUGAAGUUAUACGCCUGCGAUAUCAUACAGAACAGCCUUUUGAUAUCUGGUCAAAGUCAGUGCACGAUCUGAAGGGUUGCUACAGACAACUGAUCGAUUUGAAAAACAACGAAACCGAUAUACAUCUUGCAAAUACAUUGGACUCGCCCAUGUUGCUACAUGUACUAGAGACUAGAUACGGGCCAUUUCUCCUCCAAAUGCUCUGGGGACGACUGGCCGCUGUCAUCUAUCGAAGAGAACCGGGUAUAACGAUUGAAAAACUCCGGCCUGUGACUGAGUUUUUAUCGCUCUAUCGGGGAACAGCGGAGCGGCCAAAGCUUUGCGGCUCAACACAGUUUACAACUAAAAGACCAGAACCAAUUCCAGUUACUAUAAAGUCUAAAAUUUUAGAAUAAUUGGAUUGGAUAUCGCAACACUAUUUGGUUUCACAUUCUUAAUAAUUUAAUUUAAUUUAUUAUUUUAGCAUUUUUUUUAAUUGAGCCAAUUUUUAAUAGAGGAAUUGCAAUUUGCCAACUUUAUAUGUUACGGAACUUAAUUUCGCAAUAACAUAUUAGACAAUCGAUUUAAAACAAUAUAUCUUGUUUAAAGAGUUAUUUACGAUGUUGUAUUCAGUUAAUAACAAAUUGUGGUCUAGCACGAACCUAAUACUGCACACACGAUAUCCAGCUAAAUUAAUUUUGUAUUUAUAGACUAAAAAUAUAUUAUUUUCACCUCUUGAUUAUGUAUUAUAUUUUGUACAAUAAUUAUGUUAAAGUUUUUAUUAUAAAAAAACCUUCCAACUCUAUCAGUAAAUACCAAAAAAAUAGUUCCACUUAGUAGAUAGGCGUUUACCUACCUGUUAAUCAUACAAGGUAUAGAUACAAUGUUACUCACGUCUGGCUAAUAAAAUACUUUUUAUAAGAUUGCUUCUAGAUCGUAUUCUUGAAAUAAAAAUUUUGGGAGAUUGAGUGGAUAUUGAACGCUGGACCAUUAGAUUUUAUAACAAAAACCUAAGCCUCGGUCUCACAAUAACUUGAAUCGUUCACUGAGUUAUUAAUUAUUUAUCAUGUAUGAUUAUGUGUAAUAAAGUUUUGAGAUGAUA